AUGGCAACAGAAGCGAUCGAAACCCGGUCCCCUUUUCCUACAUUGAAGGUAAGAGGCAGUGAUGAAACCGCACCCGAAGUGGUCUGUUUUCCUACCUCUCAGGCGGCUUCGGUUUUGGCCACGGGGAUCGGCGGCAGUAUCAGCCCGAGCGGCGGCGUUUCCAGCUCCAACAGCAGUCCGACUGAGCGAAAGCAGACGAUCAGGAAUUUCUUGACGACCCCUCCAGAGGCGUCAGCAAAGCGGCACCUCCUGGAUCCCGCUGAGGUUGCCUUCGAAGCCAACACAUUCCGCCAGCCUUACCAAUCACUACAAGGCAUGAACUCGAAUUCUGUCCUUUAUUGCGACUCAAAUGCCACUGUCUCCACAAAUGAGCGAUACCAAAACCGGUCAUCAUCGCAGGAGCUUGGAUGGGAAGCCGCCUGUUUGCCAGGCCUGAACCGAAUGUGCUCGAGUCCUCCUGAAGAAAAGGAGUCCAGACCAGCCGAGUCAGAACACGAAAGUGGAAGCCAGAUUCAAGAGGAGGAAGAUGACGGGAUACUUGUGGUGGUGAAGAGAAAUGGUGAAACGAAGGAGGAAUUUGAGCCUCACUCGGUCAAUGUGCAAUGCUUGAAACCACCUCGAUCAGACUCCCAGAAUGCCCAACCCACCACUUUCCCUUCCAGCUCAUGCGAGGUACCAAGAACACAGACUUCUGACGAGCUUUCGUCCUGGCAAUCGUUCACUCGGACACCAAUCAGCAUGAAACCUCAUCCGGUUGAACCGAAUGAACUAGACUUUCCAACCUUUGGAGCUACAGCCGCUUCGGGAUGCGCUUCACCAACUGCCUCAUCGACUGGACAACGAGUCGCUCUGGCCAGUUUGCUAACACCCGACUGUCCCACUGUCCAUCUCCUUGGCGAUCAGGACUCAAGGCCCCCUGAACCGCUGUCGUCAGGCUCACGUCUACUUUGUCGCACCUCCACCACGACGAAGGCAUCACAUGGCAUUCGUGACAUCCUUGGAGAGUCGCACGAUUCCACUAGCACCGAAGGACUUGGUCGUGGUUAUCGCCGCCACCGACGAGGCAGUAGAACCGGCAGCAACGAUGCUGAACAAGAAAAAAGCCCAGUGGACGAAUGCGAGAAAUCGCAAUUGGAAUGUGACAACUUUGAGGCCGGCGAAGAGAAGCAUGCCUUAGCCUCUUCUUCCUCUUCCUCUUCUUCCUCCUGCUCCUCCUCCUCCUACGCCUCCUCAUCGGCCGUUGCCUUGGCGGGGCAUCCUGCCAGUCAGCAAAGCAAUAAUUCUCCUAACUCCGAGGCCCCAAUCGGUCAGAUGGUCUCCCCAUUUCCCAAGAGACCGAAUCCCCUAGACCCAGUCGCCUCCACGAGCCUAGCUUCUGGGCUUUUUGCUCAAGCCAACCUUCCAAACAGCCUUUUUGCUGGUCUUCCAGGCUUCCAAGGCAUUCCAGUCCUUCCAGGCAUCACGGGCCUCCAGAGCCUCCAGACGCCCCAAGCCGCCAUGAUUACGGCCGCUCAUUUGGCCGCCGCUGCUGCAAUGUUAUCGCGUCUUCGAGGCCAUUGUCUUGCUCCGCUAGGCGAAGACGCUAACUCUCCUCCUCCCCAUCCUCCUCCUCUUCCUCCACCUCCACCUCCACCACCUCCACCCCCUCUCCCUCCUCGUUCUGGGACGGAAAUGGCGUCUGAAUCACAGCAACCCUCGCAAGUUGAUACCGGCCCAGAGGUCAGUGAACCUGACGAGGCAACUAUGACCGAGGCUGGAAGCUUACUGUCACCCUCGGCAUUUUGGUCAGGCCUCCUCAAUUCUCGUAGUCUCUUCAUGGGCGCCCUAACGACGUCCAGGCCUACUUGCUCCGCGCUUUCUGGACCACGAGUCACUGUGGGCCUUGACUCAAGCGAUCGGCAUCUGCAGAGUCCCGGAGGUGGCCUGUCAAGUGAAGGACUGAGGGUCGUCAGUCCUGGCAGUCUGGCAGACGUCGUUCUUGCGUCCAGACCUUAUCCAGACCUAUCGCCGGUAUCACCUUCGAGUGGCGGGCCAAGAGAUCUGACCUCUGCCGCAAUGACGAGCAUUGCAUCACUCGACGAUCUAAUGUCUCACUCGGGAGCGGCCAGACUCUUUUCGACCGGUUUUUUCACCGGAUCCAACCAAGACGUCUCCAUGGCCCCGCCUGAGACAUACGAGGAGGCUGGUGAGUUGGCGACUCGACCGAUCUGGCCGUCCGGGCAUCUGCUGCCUCCGGGACUCGCCGGCCUCGCCACCAGCAACUCCGUCACUGGCAACACGCAGUCCCUCCUCAUGACGGGUGUAGCACAGUCGGCCGUCUCUUUGCCGUCACACUCAGCAGCUUCAGCUGCAGCGGCUGCCGUCGCGGCUGGGGCGAGUCAAAACGCUCUUCUCCCAUUGUCGCAUGGUCAGAUCAGUCUGCCGGCGGGACUCGUGUCGAGUGAGGCUGCAGCCGCCUGUUUGUUGUCACAGACAGCCGUCUCGUCUAAUCUAAUGUCGCCCAGUUCCAUUGGUAUGCAGCCACAGCGAAUUGGGGCAGUCGCUUCUCUCAGCCAGUCUCCGCUACUCGGACUUCGUCUCUGCAGUGGAGGUAGGAUUUGUUUUGUUGUUUCGUUUGAAGAGGUAAACAUCAUGCAUUCCCAAGUUGGCCUCACCGGAUGCUGUAGAGAGAAUGUCUUGGAGCUGCGACCGUAG